AUGAACAUCGAUAUCGCCCUCUCAACUGGAACUAGUAUUCCAAGGUUUUUCCAUCCACUCAAGGAUUGGCAGGGCCUCAAUCUCCGCGCUACCCAGUCCCACAUGCGGGCGGGGUUUCUCUUGUCCACCAUAUCCUCGAUGAAAUAUCGGAGUCCAGAUCAACAAUUCUCGACUUAUCCCCUCCACAACACCGUGCUAGUGGAAAAUCUUCCUCAUAGAGAGCAGCGCCAAUACGCAGAGAAUCGGCACCUCAUACAGGCCGUCUUUUGUUACGAGCUGGGUGGAAUCUUCCGUCGAUUCACCUGUGGCCUCGCUGUGAGUCAAAUCCGUACGAUCUCGCCGCCUCUUGCUCGAUCGUUACUUCUCAGUGUCUUCCUGUCGUGUGGACGGUUUUUAUAUUCGGCGAAAAUGCCUCGCCUUCGAUAUCUUGCCGUUAAAGCCGUUGCCACAUACGUAAGUCGUCUUGGAGUUGCACGCAAAAGGUGUCCUAGUCCUCGCGUCCCCUUGUCAUAUGGUUCUACAGCGGCUAAGGCCACUGCUGGCAGAGUGGCAGAUUGGAUGGAGUGGGCCGAUGGUGCUUGUAGUAACGAGGUGGUAACAGGUCUGAAACUUUUGGAGGAUCUGGGCUUCAUUGACCAUAGUUGUAUUCGAUACCCAGUAUGGACAUAUGUCUUGGCGCCAAGGGUUGAUAACAAAGCUCACAUAUUCUCGCCCCGAAAGCUUCAUCCUUCGAGGUCGAGUGUUCGAGCGCACUUGAAGUUGAGCUCUUUCUUGCCAAUGGUGGAUUCCAACUGGUCGCGUUAUCCUCGAGUUCUUGAAAGCUGA